GGCACUGCUUUAAAACUGAAUUAUUUAGAGAAUAUCACGCGGACGUGUUUCCUGACACCCCUGGUACUGUUCCCGGAAUGGGGAUCCAAGACUGGAUUGAUGGAGCUUCAGUUCCUGUUCCUAAAAUAUCCCUUAAUCCCAGCACUAGGGAGGAAUCCCUGGCUAGCCACGGUCCUCCUGUCUCCGAUAUUCCUCGUCAUGUUACACCUCCGGCUCCGGUGAUUAUGGGACCUCCAAGCUCUAAUCUAGCUCCGCCUAGAAUAGUUCAACCCAACACUGCUGCUAGUCCUAAACCCUCCCCAAAACCGCGCUUGAUCCGUGGAGAUUCAUCAGAAUCUGAUGUCCCUAGGGCAGCUCCUCGGCCUUCCUCGACUAGUGGGUCUAGACCCAGCUCAGUGAACUCGACCUCUAGUCUGCAGGAUAAGUCGGAGGAUGUCACGGAUGAGGCUCCAGGAGGUUUCAAAAGAACUCCGAGUAUCAGGGAUAAGAUGAAAAUGUUUGAACGAGGAUCAGUGGACGCUAAACCAGAAUUUCGGCGGCCAUCCUUUAAUAAACCUAGUGCUAGGGGAGGUUUGAGCCCUACACCAAGGGGGGGGGGCGUUGAGCCACCACACCCAUUGGUUCAAUCAUUCCCCCUAAUUAUGUUAUUGUUUAGGUUUGGCCGGGUAACAAAGUUUAAACACAUGAAGGGAACUUCUCUCCACAAAUCAAAACAUUUCGAUAAUCUGAAAAAUCUAAGCAAGGGUGUCCCUGCUGAGUGUGAAUAUAUACAGGUGAACUCUGAACGGCUUGCUAUACCACUGGCUGGACCCGGGGGGAAAAUUGCAGUCUUAGAAACAUCAAGGCAUGUAAGAAGGGUGUCUUACUGUUUCCCUUUCAAUAACAGCAGACUUGCUGUCGUUACUGACGAGGGGGCUCUCAAUCUUUGGAUCAUACCCGAGGGAGGUCUUAGUUUUCAGGUGAACAAGCCGACCUUAACCAUCCCAGCGCACAGUGACAAGGUGUCCUUGGUCCGCUUCAACCCGGUCGCACAGGACGUCAUCGCCACAGCGGCUUUUGACUGGUUGGUCAAAAUCUGGAACCUCAAGACAGAACAGGAAAUGUUGGCUUUAACUGGACACACUGAUCAGAUAUAUUCAAUGGCCUGGUCUCAGUGUGGAAGGUUUCUUGGAACCGUGUGCAGGGAUGGUAGAGUUCGGAUAUAUGAUCCCAGGACUGGGAGCUCACCUGUCAGAUAUAUAUUUGUUCAUCAUUUUUUUUCUUAAUUUUUCCUGAUAGUUUGGGCUCUAGACGGAAGAUUUCUUAUUGUUUCCGGAUUCGGAAAGGUUUCCGAGCGGCAAAUCAUGAUCUACGAUACAAAGGAUUUGAACUGUAUUCACACAGAAACCUUGUCUGUAUCUCCGGGCAUACUAAUACCAUAUUACGACGAGGAUUCAUCUACACUCUUCCUGUCAGGUAAAGGAGAGGUAACCGUGAACGCUUAUGAAAUAGCUGAGGACUCUCCGCACAUGUUUCCGCUUUCACCGUACAAAGCACCCAACCCGUCCCAGGGAUACGGUUUCCUUCCACAUAAGAAUAUAUUGGAUGUUAAGGGUGUUGAGUUCGCACGGGCAUACAGAUUGACCAAUACAACCAUAGAACCUAUUUCUUUCACUGUACCAAGGGUCAAAUCAACACUUUUUCAGGAUGACCUGUUUCCUCCCACCCGUGUUCUAUGGGAACCCAUGUGCUCCGGAGAAACAUGGUUUCAGGGAAAAGAAAUUGAACUCAGAUGGGUCUCUCUUCAACCAGAGGGCAUGCAGGCGCUUUCAGGUAACCCUGUGAGGAUAGUUGAAAACAGGACUAGGAUCUCGAGGGAGGAGAAGAUUAAUGUCAACAACAUGUCGAAGGAUCAGGCGCAGGAGCUCACCAAGGACAUUGUCAAG